AUGACCGAAGCUCAUCAUGACCUGCCGUCUUCUGAACCAGAGCCGCGUGCAGCAGGACUUGUCGACACGCCUUUGCCCCACGACGACAACACCCACAAUCCUGCUUCCACUAUCGCUGCUUCAACCGCAACUCGUGCUUUAAUUGACUCAACGGCUGAUAGCGCUUCGACUUCUGGAGCGGAACUGGGACCUGGACCUGGACCGAGCUUGGUAGAUAAUUCGAAUAAUUCGGAGGGUGUUGCUGCUGCUGCUUCGUCUCGCAUGUUGACCGUAGAAGAGACAAAGGGUUCGUUUUUGGAGCUGGCGCGGACGCCGGAGCCGGAUUUAGAGGCGGAUGGGGAGGACGAAUAUGCACCGAAGGGUGAUAUCAGGGGGGCGCGACGAGAGAGUGACCAAGAGGCGGAGGUGGAUGGGAACACGAACUCUUCGAACGUACCUGAACCAGCGGCAGACGGUAUAGCUUCACGCACGGAUCCGCAAUUCGUGACCUCUACUUCUCCGGCGUUACAAGGUACGACGACGAGCGGAAACGAUUCCGGGUACGAGGUGGAGGAAGAGAACGAAACCACUAUUCGUGACGACUCUUGGCAUCCUCUAUCGCCGCACGUACCUCCCAAGCAAGAGAAAGGAGUAGAAGACGAUGAAGAAGCGGUUCACAGUGGUCAAGACAUGACUAUGGUCGUCGAAGAAGGGGAUGUUGUGGAUUCACGUGGGCGACUCAUGUAUUCUGUUGACGAGGAAGUGGACGAGAAACUGUCGGCGGUGAACUCACCAAGACGAGCGUCACAUCUUCGUCUGAAUCUCAAAGCUUCUUCCCCACAGCCUUGGGAAUUGGUCGACCCACCUGACAGUAAUGGUCACCAGACAAAGCCUGAACAUGAACUCGAAUCACGGUUCCAUUCAUUGCAGAGUCGGCAUCGAUCGCUUGUUCCCAAAUCUUCUUAUUACUUUGGCCCACCAGCUCCUGAUUCGGCGUAUGGCACUGCACCAAUAGGGCAGAUAGGGCUGCACCACCCGCGGGAGAUCUUACGCAUCGAACGUGACUAUACUGGCGGCGAACUCAUCCAAUUUGCGCCGAUAUAUCCGUUAGAACUCGAAGGCCGGAUAACCCCAACGCAGUUUCUAGAAUCCAUCAAUGCCAUGAAUGAGCUUCUAAUUUCAGCACACAGCCUCCGACAUUCCUUUUUCGACAAUGUCCUGGCUGUACUCACUCUACAGCUUUCAAGAAUUGUUACUACUUCGCAUUAUGAGAAGGAAAUGCAACGGCUACAACAACUGUUUGACGAUCUGAACGCUCGCCUGUUCAAUCCUGUCGGCCUUAAUCUUCUGUGGCCUAGAAAAGUUGCCUUCCUAUACCUCGAGAUCGAAUAUUAUGUCCGUGUUCUACAGCCUCGUUUCAGCAGCCCUCGCUAA